AACUAUCUAAAAAGUGGGAAAAAGAAGAAAGAACCCACCUUUUCCUUUCCUUUUUUCGCUAACAAUUUAGAACCAACACUAUAAAAACCAGACAUAUAGAUAGAUACUGAUGAACAGUGAAACAACCCUCUUUAACUCAUAACAUAAUUAACCUUAAAAUCUAGGGUUUUUCUUUUUUCCGAACUAAGAAAAAUCAAAUGGUGGUUGUUUCUUUGUCUUCUUCAUUACCAAACCUCGUGCUCUCCCCUUUCCAUAACCAAAUUAAAACCACCGCUUUCAACCCACUCCUCAGACCUCAAUUUGGUUCCUUUUCAACUACCCACAAACCAUUUCUUCGUGGGUCGGUUUUCGUUGCUCGUUAUGGGUUCAAACCCGGUUUGUUUCCUGACCCAGAUGAAGGGUUAAUCAAAGAUUUGUUUACUAAAGCUGAGAGUCUUCUUUACACGAUUGCUGAUGCUGCUGUUUCUAGUUCUGAUACUGUUAACACUACAACCAAACAAACCAACAAUAAUGAUUGGCUCUCUGGUAUUACCUCUUAUAUGGAGACCGUUUUAAAGGUUUUGCAAAAUGGGUUGUCUGGUUUGCACGUUCCUUAUGCUUAUGGGUUUGCUAUUAUAUUGUUAACUGUUCUUGUUAAAGCUGCCACUUUUCCUUUGACUAAGAAGCAGGUAGAAUCUGCUAUGGCAAUGCGAUCGCUGCAGCCUCAGAUAAAGGCCAUUCAACAACAAUAUGCUGGAAAUCAGGAGAAAAUUCAACUGGAGACAGCCCGGUUAUAUAAAUUAGCUGGCAUAAAUCCAUUUGCAGGGUGCCUGCCCACUCUUGCUACAAUACCUGUAUGGAUUGGAUUAUAUAGAGCCCUUUCCAAUGUAGCAGAUGAGGGGCUUCUCACUGAAGGCUUCUUUUGGAUACCCUCCCUUGCUGGUCCAACUACAGUUGCUGCCCGUCAAAAUGGCAGUGGCAUCUCGUGGCUUUUCCCAUUUGUUGAUGGACAUCCACCACUUGGAUGGUAUGAUACCUUCGCAUACCUUGUCUUGCCUGUGCUGCUGGUUGUCUCACAGUAUAUUUCUGUCCAAAUUAUGCAAUCAUCACAGAAUAAUGACCCAAACAUGAAGAGUUCUCAAGCUAUAACACAGCUCCUUCCAUUAAUGAUUGGUUAUUUUGCUCUUUCAGUUCCCUCUGGUCUAAGUCUUUAUUGGUUAACAAAUAACAUAUUGAGUACAGCACAACAAGUAUGGCUUCAGAAGUUAGGGGGUGCAAAAAAUCCUGUUAGCCAAGAAGAUCAUCUCCGGGUUCAGAAGUCUGUAGACCAACUUCAGGUUCAGAAGUCUGUCUCUGAAUUAGAUUCAACAAAAGCUAAGGCUAUACAAGUUGAGAAACUGACUCCAGAAGGAUUACGUCCUGGGGAAAGAUUUAAACAGCUAAAGGAGCAAGAGGCCAAAAGAAAACAACAAAGAGAAGAAGAGAAGAGGAAAGCUGAAGAGGCGGCUGCAAUAAGUAGUCAAACAGCAAAUGGUAGUCUACAUGCAUCUGAGAGGGAGAAUGGGGUUAGCAUGUCUGGUGCUGAUGUGGUUGAUGACAAGUUUGCACACGAUUCCUCUGCUGCUGGAGUUAUUAUAAAUGGUGAAAUUUCCAAUUCCGAGUCCUCUGGGAGGGUUGAACAACAGUCCGAUGAAAAUAAACAGAAGAAAGUGAACUAGCUGGAAAUUUCUUCUCGAAUAUCCAUGGGGUGUUUCUAUGAGAAAUUGCACAUAUAACAAAGACUGACAGGAAUGAUUGUUACCUGUUAUGUUGAACGCGGAGAGCCAGCUCUGGUAUUGUUCUAUCCCGAAAGGUGAACAAGAGCAAAGAACCUUCACUUACAUGCCUGGUGCGGGAUAUUCGAUGCUUCACAAUGGCCAGUAUGGUGGUGGAAUCUUUAGAUCAAUGAGAAGUUUUGAGGGUGGGGGUCCUCAGUGGUAUGUGCUAAGAGCUGUUAUAUAUUCUUUUAGGUUCACUGUAGAAUCAUAAAAUAGAAGUCUCCAUUUCCUUCAAAGCAAAAAGCGAAGAAUUAUUAAAUUAUGAGCGAGGAAAUGUCUAAAAUAUUACUCCUUGCAUUUCUAUUUUGUAGUACAGAAACUCAAUAAUUAUAAUAUACAGUUGACGAGUGAACUCGUAAUCCAGCUGUAGUUGUCCAAA